AUGUCCCCCUCCUCACCCACAAUCUACUUCGCCUACGGCUCCAACCUCUGGCUACACCAAAUGCACCUCCGCUGCCCGUCGUCCACAUACAUCGGCCUCGCGCGCCUUCCGGGAUACAAAUGGCUCAUCAACACGCGGGGCUACGCCAACAUCGUCGAAACCCCACAUCCCACCACCUCUGAGGGGGCAAAGGACGAAGACGAAGACGGAGACGAAGACGAAGAUGAGGUCUGGGGCAUGCUCUACACCCUCACCCCCGCAGACGAAGCACAACUCGACAAAAACGAAGGCGUCCCCGAGGCGUACACGAAAGAACUUGUGCGCUGCGAGUUUUGGUCCGCGGAAGAGACGCGUGGGAAAAUCGACGUGGGCCGCCCGAUGACGGAUACGAGGCAUGUGCUGGUGUACAUUGACCGGCGGCGCACGACGGCGGGCGUGCCGCGCGCGGAGUACGUGUACCGCAUGAAUCGUGGGAUCGAGGAUGCGGUGGAGUGUGGGGUGCCGAGUGGGUACGUGGAGGGGGUUGUGCGGGAGUUUAUUCCAGAGGACGAAGUGGAGGGAGUUGAGGAGUUUGCGAAGGGGCAGGCGAGGGGGUUUAGGGAUGAGAGUGGGGUGAUAAAGGAGUAA